AUGGGAAAAUUCAGCCUUGAAGCUAUCUACAACGGCGACCCCACGGCCUGCCACCUUCAGGAGAUGACGUGCGACAUCUGCCAGUGUCUUUUUGACGAUGCGGUACAGUUUCCGUGUACCAACAGCCACGUCUUCUGCAAGGACUGCGUGUCUUCUUGUGACGCCUGCCCGAACUGUCGAGAGCCCUUGCCCGCCGGGAAGAAGAAAGGCAAAUCGAUCCAAGAGGUUAACAAGCCCCUGAGCCGCAUGAUGAAUAGGCUCCCCGUGCGCUGCCCCUACCAUGAUCUCCCUUCGCCGUCGUAUGACAGAAUUCGUCCCUCCAGGGAUGCGGGUGGUGUCAUCGACGCGGGCGCUGAUGAAGGUUUGUUUUUAUUCAUUGUGUGACUUCGCUUAUUUGCAGCUCGUGUAUUUUUUGCCUGAGCGAUUCGGAUCAUUUUCAUUUCGAUUCAUUGCCAUUUUCAUUGCCUCUGAUUCUGAGCCUGAAAGUGAGCCAGCUUGCAACUUUUCUCUUUGCUCGUCCUCCUGGUGCCGUAUUCAUAUGCAGUUUUUCAUAUAAAACUACCUCUUUUCGAAAAUGCAAUCAGAUCCGAGUCCGUCGCCACUCGCCGACGUCCUCCCUUCUUCAUCUUCAACGGAUAAAAAGCACCGCCCUGGACGGAGUUCGUUGUCGCUUUCGUCUGCGGCUGAUGCAGACGGCACUCGAGCAACGGAUCCGGCACACAAACGAAGGCGCGUGGAGCAAGAGGACGCAAAUAACUUGCGUCCUCUCCUCGACGAACCGGCGGUGAUCCCCGAACUGGUAUCAAACGACACCCCCACAGACGAUGAUGAGUACCAUUGUACUUGGACGGGUGAGUAUGGGGAUCUGUUGGCGCACCAUCUUCGGGUUUGUCCUUUCCAUUUCGUCAAGUGCCCGGAGGGGUGCGGAGCCCAGAUACGACGAAAGGACGUAGAGAAGCAUUUGAAGAGCUGCGAAAGUUGUCUGGUCUCGUGUGAGAUAUGCGGCAUGCAACUGAAGAAAGACGAGUUAGCCGCGCACAACGAAGACCAUGCUCAACUGCACGUGAGUAUCCUGCAAAAGCGGCUGACGGACAGGUCCGGCCAAGGCGAAGAUGUGGCGAUGCUUACGCAGCGCCUGACUGCCCUGGAAGAGCUGAGCAAGGGUUUCAACACUGCAGAGUGGUGCGUGCCGACUCGAGAAUGGUAUGCCGAUGCCAGCAUGCCUCGUGACGCGUACGUGUGGUCACCCGACAUUGAUUUGGGGCGCGCGGGGGUUUGGAGGAUCUCGUUUACCCGGGGGUCCGAUUCCACUCCGUUUUGGCUCGGAGUGUGGGGCACGUUUGCAGGGGAAGUUUCCGUCCAACUUACGGACAAAGCGACGGGAGCACGCAUUCCAUUGAGCACUGGUAACACGGUGAAAGUUGUGGCAGCCUCUGAGAGGAUAGGGAAGCCACCACGUUCAAAUAACCAUAGCUACAUUCAAAUGACGGCUCGGGGCUCCUAUUGCCUCGAAGGAAAGGUCGAGCACGUCCGCAACGUCAAGGAGCUUAUCCUCCGUCUGUCGAUCUUGAAGAUCGAACACGCAGUGGUUGACACUCUAAAAACCGAUAGGGCGUUCAAUCGCGUACGAUCCUGAUCCUACCAUGCCGAAGUAGACACUCUUCGCGGCUGCAGAUAGCUCGUUCUUCAUUCCAGAGGCGGAAAUCGAAAUUGGUGAGAGAAAACACAAAUGAAAACGAUAUUCGCUUUGCACAGGAAAACUGUACAAAGACUAUAUCUAUGCUUUCCACAGGAAAACAAAAAUGAUAUUUGCAGUGGCCUGUAAUAUUCAAAUUGUCCAAGGACAGGGAUGCGCGCCGCACCCUCUCGGUCAGCUUCAUGCUUGCGAAACGACCCCGCACUAGUGGAAGGGCGACGGCAUAAACUUGAUGAAUCUGAGCCGUUUAGAGCUCCUCUUUCGAAAAUGUGUUCCGGAC